AUGGCUGAUGUUGCAACUUCAGUACUUGCUUUACCGUGGGAGGAAGAUGAGUGCCUGGAAUAUUACGGCAUGUUCUCCUUACGUCAGUUGUUUGAUGUAAUUGGUUCUCAAUUGACCGAGAGUGAUGUCCAUGCCCUUUCUUUCCUGUUGAAUGAAUCCUACUCUUCCACCACUCACCCCCUGGACCCUAGCAUCUGGACAGUGGAAGAAGCCGGUGAGAUGCCCAGCAUUGCCUUACUGUCUGCCUGGAACAAAUGGAACCGGUGCUCUAAGCCUGGCAAUGAUUUGGAAUUUGCUGAGAUUCAAAGACCUAAAAAUGGCAUUCAGCUUCUUUAUGAAUUGGAGAAGAGGGGGUAUUGUGCUGAGGAUAACUUCAGGCAUCUGCUCCAGCUUCUAAGGGUGUUGACACGACAUGAUCUCCUUCCAUAUGUCUCCUUAAGAAGACGUCGCCCUGUAUCCCCUGAGCGGUAUACCUAUGGGCCUUCCAUUAUGGACCAAAGAAAACAGGUGAAUGGAUGUCUUAAUCCAACAACAUCACAAUCCAGUGAAGAGAACUGGGAAACAGGCUCUAUUGCUAAAAAGAGAAAACGAUCAGGAAAUGUGAGACGGGGUCGCUGCCAAAAACCAAAAAAGAGCAAAGUGAGCAGUACUCCCGAACAGGCCGAACCCACCCAGAACAAAGUCACGUGUGGUGAGUACACCCAUGAAUUGCUUUGUGUGUUCAUCGGCUUGCUGAACUCUCCCUGUGAGAGGUUAACAUCACUCAUAGUUUGCUGUAAUUCAUGA